AUGCUUGACGAGAACCUUCCCACCUUCUAUCUCAGACCGAAUAACCAACAAAAACAUCUGUGGACUAUUUAUCUCUGCCAGUACGGCGACGACCCCGAGCCCGCCUACACCCUCCGCUACCCCGAUCCCGCCUCCCCCUCCUCCAAGAACCGCUAUGCCGUCGCGCUCUGUGAUCCUUUCGUGCCAGAUGUCGUCUACGGCGAGAUCCUAAUCAUCCCGGAAUGGACGCAACCCAGUCUAUCCGCUGAGGCGAUCCGCCUGAACGGCGGGGUCACGCCUCCCCCAGAACCCAUUCUCCCCUCGCAGUUCAUCGUCCACCUUUACAACCCGGAUCAGCAGGUGACGAUCCGCUACAAGCACAAGACGUGGAAUACGCCCGCAACGUGGGAAUUUGAGAUGCCACAGCACACAUUUCGGCAGCCGUCGUCCUCGACGCUCGACCGCACGCAGACCGACCCGGCCCUGGCGGACACGACGCCGAAACUGCGGUUCAGCUGGCGCAAGGAUAGCAAGUUGUCCAAGGACCUGACGUGUCUGCUGUCAGGGAAGACGUCGACACUGCCGGAGGGGAAGACGAAGAGCAAGGAGCCGGAUAUCACGCUGUCGAUCUUCAAGGCGCUACGGGAGUUGACGCUGUACGAGCCGAACCUGUACCGGGUUGAGAUGGAGGAUUUCAAGGGGCUGGAGGUUGUGCUCUUGCUAGGAGCGGUGACCAUCCGCGAUGUCUACUUUACCCCGAUGAAAGACGCGUUUCGGAUUGUAAGGGAUGAGGUGGGAAGGAAGCCUGUGGCUGGUCCGACAGGCAGUACUGUCAAUGCCAGUGCCAGCCCAACGGUACAAAAUGGUACAGGCUUGCAGAAUCAGAAGCCUACGCCGGUAGCCUCGAAUACAAAAACCAACGGCAAACAGCCUGCGCCCUCGCGUCCAGCAGAGACUCCAGUCACACGGCCAAGCCCAACGCCAGCCCCAGCUCCAACGCAGCAACAGAAGAAAAAGCAAGAACUCUCGCGCAAGGAGGAGGAAAAACGGACCAAGAAAAAACUAGAAGAAGAGGAGAAGGCUCGUCGCAAGCGCCAGGCCGAGAUCGACAAGGAGACUCGCCGACUGCAGAAGAUCUACGGCCGCGAGGAGCAGCAGGUGCGCGCCAGCAGCGUGAACCUUGCGCGUCCUCCUGCCCAGUCGCCGCGUCCUCAACCACCUCCCCGGCAGCAACAGCAGCAACCGCAUCCCCCACCGCGGCCGAAUCCGCGAUACUACUACCACCAGCAGGCACCGUCCAUGUUGCAUCUGAUGCCGGGCCCAGUUGCGACACCGCGGCCGCAUGCGCCUGGCUCUGUGCCCCCGCCUCGACCGCACUCGACGGCGCAUUUCUUGCAGCCGCCGCGCCCACAAGGUCAGGGACAGGGACAGGGGCAGCUGCAGCCGAAAAAGAGUAGUUUCUUUGGGUUCCGACGGUCGUCGGACGAUUCAAAGUUGCAUAAAAAGCGCAGCUCGAUGUUUUGA